CAACUGCAACCUGCACGCACGCAAAUGCCGGUUUAACAUGGAGCUGUACAAACUCUCGGGGAGAAAGAGCGGUGGGGUCUGCCUCAAGUGUCGCCACAACACGGACGGGAGGUACUGCCACUACUGCAAGGAGGGGUACUACCGGGAUCAGUCUAAACCUAUCACGCACAGGAAAGUUUGCAAAGCUUGCGACUGCCACCCCAUCGGGUCCCUGGGCAGCAUCUGCAACCAGACCACCGGCCAGUGUCCUUGCAAGGAUGGCGUGACCGGUCUGACAUGCAACAGGUGUUCGUUGGGUUACCAGCAGAGCCGCUCUCCCGUUGCACCGUGUAUAAGGAUCAAAGAACAUCCUCGAAUCACGAGCCAACCUCAAGAACAGCGAGACGAAGCUGCUGCAAGUUCACAAACCACAGAUGGCGACUGUCCAAGAAAUUGCGCGGGUUCAACGAGAAAAAUUAGUCAAAACAAAUACUGCAAAAAAGAUUACGUUCUCCACGCGCACGUGUUAUCGCGAGAGAUGGAGGACGAGUGGGUCAAAUUUACGGUCAACAUCGUCACCGUAUACAAGCGGGGCGAGCAACGCAUCCGACGGGGAAACACCUUCCUCUACGUCCGGCAGCGGGACCUGACCUGCAAAUGCCCCAAGAUACGGCUCCGACAUCGCUACCUGAUCCUCGGGGACGAGGACGACUCGUCGUCGAAACGGGACGGCAUCGUCGUCGACAACAAGAGCAUCGUCCUAAAAUGGAGGGACGAGUGGGAUAUGAGGAUGCGGAAAUUCCAACGGGAACAGAGACGGGAUGAGUGCUAGGUCAGGCAUGGGUGUUGUACUCUUUUAAAAGAUGAGGAUGCGACAGACUGAGACUCAAACCACAACUGGUUUUUAAUGUUGUCUAUAAUUCAAUCCAAGAGGAAAACGGAACGGAUGACGUCAUUGAAACGGUACUUGAUUUUAUGAGCCGUGAUGGACAUGAAGACCGAAUGGAGAUGUGGUGAUUCGGGGCUCGAUCCGAGUGACUAUUGGAGUUUCGGACAGAUUCAGCCGAUAAAUGAUCAUCAAAGGACAGGGUCUACGAUCGUGGCUGUUCUUUUAAAGCCCGACAAGCCAUCAGCAAAUUGAACACACAUCUGAGAAAGAAAGAUUAAAGGGGUUAUGUGACGGAGAUGAAUCACUUAUCAUGACUUGCGUAACAUAUAUUUUCGAUCGGGACAUAUCAAAGCCAAAGUGUUUGUAAUCAGUUAAAUUACUACAUGUUAUUGAUCAAAAGUGAAAGUUGUUGGUGUUUGGAUAUUUGAUGAGAUUUCGCUGACAUCCCACUGCACUUAUUUAAAACUGCCCUACAUGUAUAUCUCACUCGUCAUUGGUGUCAAUGUUUUAUGGGCAUUGUAUUUUCGGCAUGAAAAAAGCUUCCAUUGGUGUUUGCUAGUGCCAAGAAAAAGGCAACAUUGGACACCAAAAGGUAGUUGGUUCUUGGUAUCGAAGGUGUUAAUUUAUUUAAUUCUCUCAAUUUACGAUGAAUGUCUGAAGAUGUAUCAUAUAUGUUGGUGCCAGUUUAAGAAAAGCACGUGUUCUAAUGAAUGGUAACGAUUCAGAUACUGUGUUUGGUUAGUGUUAACUUGAUGGAUGUAAAUGAUUCGAAUUGCCAAGAAACUAUUUCCAGGAAUUAUAACACCUAAGUCAUUUUGAUUAUCUGAAAAUUACUACAAUCAUGCCUGGUUCUCACACUCGGAGCUUGACUUUUACGUUUCUUUACAACAUCAUUGCCAGAUCAAUUUCCAAAUUAAAAAACACGAUUCAGAAUAUGCCGUGCUGUUGCCAUGUCUUUAGAGAUUUGGCGCCACUUUACGGUCGUGAAGAGUGGUGGAUAGCCACAGACGAAGAGACACUGCGUGCAUGUGUAUGUGGUUAACGCUUGUCAGCAAACCGAUGAGAAGGGGUUGGGCACCAUUUCGUACCGAUUCGCUGUAUGAAGUCCCAUCAAGAUGUAAAUGUAGUCACGUGAUCUAAGGCUGAAUAUUUCGUGCCAUAUUAUUGUGUAUUAUCCGUCUUCUGUUGUUAUUUAUAUUUCACAAUGUACAUAAACAAAUAGGUAUCUUUUCUUGUGGAUGCUAACAACGUCAUGAUGUUUGAUAGGCCUAUCUAUAGUCAUCUUAGUAAAACGCUCUUUUUUACGUUCAGUGAUUAUUUCAAGAGAAAAAGACUAUUUUUGUUAUUUAAAUGUUUCUUAAGCGUAAUUUAUCCAUAUGUGCGUUGGUAAACGAAUAUACACGAAUAAACCGUUAUCGAAAAAUAUCAUUUAUUUUUUCCAUAAUUAUUGUAUUUUAAACAGUUUUCAACAGUUGUUGAAUUAAAUGGUACCUUUAUUGAUGUAAAUUUCUUUCUAUACUAUUUGAAUUGUUAUUGAAUGUUAGUAGUCUACAAUCCCACCCAACUUUAUUUUCUCUCCCCAAACAACCUGAAUUUUUAUAUUUCCAGCCUCGCUUUGUGUUUAGGGUAUCGAUAUUACCUAUAUAGUUUGUGUUUUGCUUUAAAUAAUGAUAUUUUUGAGGGAAAUGUCUCUCUUUUUAUUGUAUUCUAAUUGCUAAACGAAUAAUGAUGUAUUCUCUAUGGUAUAUGUAAAUAUUUUAUUUAAUGAUAUGACAUUAGGAGGCUAAAUGAUGAAUUGUAUAAAGUGCUUGUACUCACAUUGAUGCUAUAUAUUGACAGUAAUUACUAUAAAAUAACAAAAUGGCGACACUUUUACGGCGUAUGAUUAUGUGCACAGCAGUAUGAUAUUGAAAAGAGAUAUUUGCACCAAAUAUAUCAACUGAAUUAGAAAACCCCUUACAAUCAAAUGCACAUUUCAAUUAUAUCCCACAAAUGAUUAGAAUAUUUAGUAUUGAAUUGGAAGCCAAAGUUUAAUGCUAUCAAACUUAACCUAAAGCUUAUGUAACUAGUCAUAGCCUAUUGGAAUAACUUAGAGUAGAUCUUGCUUAGGACCACUAAACGCUGAACGUGAUGAAAUAUGUCUGUGGAUAAGAAGACUAAAAGUCGUUUUUAGACAUCGGAAUUAAGCAAAGAAUUUCUUGCAAAAAACAACAAUUAGUUUUGGAUAAUAAUCAAAAUUUAGGGUAGUCAUAUCGACAUGCAUUUGAAUCAUUGUAAUCACAGUAAAAACGGGUAACCAAGAAGAAAUGGAAAUAAUGUACCAGUUGUGCACAAGGCGUCACUCGCUAGCGUAGUACUGCGUCAUUUGUUGACGUAGUAUUGCGUCAGCGAUUGCUGCGAUCUUUGAUGUGCCAUGUGCUCAACGUGAGAGAUGAAUCAUACAAAGAGUGAAUGCAAACGAACAGUGCAAACACAUUGCAUUGAAUUGUUGACUUAUGCACUUUUUGGCUUUAUAGGCUUGAUUAAUUAGCGCGAGUAGUGGCGCAACUGAAAUGACACAUCGGGCGCAACGGGUAUUAUGGUUUCCAAAUCAAGAAAAAGCAUUGCGCCAACCAUUUAAACGUGACUUAAUUAUGAAUGUGAUGAAAUUACAAGGUGCAGAAAAAAGGCGUUACUCAAGCUUCAAAGGAAAACACGGUUGACCUACAUGGGGGUAUACCAUUAUGUAUAUGGCAGUAUUUGGGGGUAAAUAUCGUAAAUUUAUUGAUUACGUCACAAAGCUUUAAAUCAUACUAUCAUGCUGUCGCCAGUGAGGUGAAUAUAUUUGUAUAGCUGGAGAUCGUUGCCAUGUGAAACCGAAAGCAUUCAUGUAUUCGUGAAAUUAAAAAAACAGAAUGUGGCCAAAUUUGCACUAAAUUUGUGAUGACUAUCAAUGUCUUGUGUAAUAUAUAUAAAAAAUUGACAUCUUUUGUAUAAAAAAGAAA